AGAUCCCAAGCGGGUUGCCCAUACCUGACGGGAACCACGUUGCCAUGUCCAGACUCCUGACCAAGUUCAUUCGAGUCAGGCCCCUUGGUCACCUUUUUUGUUCAUAAUCUUUUUCCUCCACAUGUCCCUCACUCACCAUCUCGCCCGCUUGAUCUCCUCUCCCUGUCUCGUCUCACCGCCGCGCGCCGGCCGGUGAGCCCCGCCACACCGCCUUCUGGAACGGACCGCCUUUCUGUUCGCUGGAUCACUGGUCUGCAAUUUAUAGAAUGAGUCAAUACGAUUGUUCAGAUAUUAUUAGCUUUUGAAUGCCAUAUACGCCCCAUACUGUUGGCUAGCCAUUCACAUUGAUGGAUCGGCAAACUCAUGAAUAUUCAGCAGCAAUGGCCUUUGCUCAGCAACAACAACAGCAGUUUGGUUUCCACCCACAACCUCAACAAUUCCCUCACCAAGUACAUGCACCGCCUUUCCUGCCUCCUCAUCCCUCACUUCAACAAAUUCCUCCCUACCAUUGCCAUGUGCCUCCGCAGCAGCCGCUAUAUCCUCACCAUCACCAUUCUCUUCUUCAUCUUCAACAACAGCAACAACCACCUCCGGCCUUUGUACCUCAUCCAUCCCCUCAUCUCAUGCCCCCGUCCCCUCACAUGCCCCCAUUUGAUUCAGCCCCUCCCCCAGUUGCACCUCCUUCUGAUCCUGAGCUCCAAAAACGAAUUGAUAAAUUAGUGGAAUAUGCUGCCAAGAAUGGCCCUGAAUUUGAAGCAAUGAUCCGUGAGAAGCAGCAUGAUAACCCUGGUUACAGUUUCCUCUUUGGUGGUGAGGGUCACAAUUACUAUAGAUACAAACAAUGGCUAUCCACACGGCUGCCUGGUUCAGCCUUCAGUCCUCCCUUUCCUUCCUCAUCUAUGCCUAUGAUGCCUUCAUCUCAUAAUCCCAUGUUGAAUCCAUCUCCCCUAAACCCUCCUCCCAUGGGAGCUGGUGGUACUCCAGGUUCUGUGAUAGGAACACCUCAAUUGCACCAGCCUUAUCCACCCUAUUAUGAUCAGCAUCAACCAUCACUACACUCCCAACCUUUCAUGGGCCAAGCUCGAGCUGAUUAUGAGCCCUUAACAAGAUCAUUCAAGGGCCUAUUAGGACCACUUGCAUCUGAUGUUGCAGCUGAGCUUAACAGUGUGCUGAGUAAUAUUACUGGUACCAAGGAAUCAAUCAAGGGAGCGAAGAUGUGGUUUAUGCAGAGAUCACCAUUUGCACCAGCUCUGGCUGAUGCCCUUAGAGAUAGAAUUUUUGCUCUGGAUGAUUCAGAGAGGCAGCUGCACAUCAUUUUCCUGGCCAAUGAUAUUCUUUUUGACAGCUUGAAGCGGCGGGUGAAUCCUCAAGAUCUUGAUAAUGAGGCUCUGGCAUUUAAACCUGUCCUGGGAUCUAUGCUUGCAAGGAUUUACAAUAAUCCGCAUGACAGAGAUUCUAACCAGUCACGCUUGGAGAAAAUUCUACAAUUCUGGGCUUCAAAGGAAGUUUAUGACCAGGAAACUAUUUCUAGCCUUGAAAAUGAGAUGACAGGAGGAGCACCUUUGCGUUCAACAACACAGAGAGAAGCUUCAGAUCCCUCAGGAUUACAACAUACACCUCAACAAUGGCAUCUGGAUAAGCAGAAAUCUUCACCAGGUUCCCUAGAUCAACUGGAGAUGGAGAAACAACUGCCUUCUGCAUUAGCCCUCCCACCAUCCCAAUUUAUACCACCUCUGACUCAGCCGUGCCUAACAAACCAGUUACCGGCUGGCAUUUACACACAUGCUGCUCCGAAUUCCUUUUCAGGGUCUGUACCAAUCCAAGCAAAUGCCCUUAUGGUUGUCCAACCACCAAUGCCUCACUUGCGACCCAAUUCUGCAGCCACCAUAACUGACCAAACCCCUCCACCAUAUCCACUUUUUCCUCCUGGACUCAUUCCUGGCAUGGUUAGAAAGAUGCAGAUUGGCAGUGGCGUUCCGUACUCUCCCAUGAGCCCGCUAGACAUACCCACUGUGAUUCCGCUAUCCACUGUGCCCCAGUCAGAGAUUCUUGACAGAGUCUCAAAAUUCUUCAAGGAAAUUGGCGAGGUAAACCCAUCAGAAGGACCAGUGCGACCAUCUGUGUCAAAUGAUGAAGAUGAUGAAUAUGAAUGUGAGCCUCCUGUUCGCAAGGGAGGGGCUUGCAUUCCUCCACCUCCUAACUUGCAGGUGGACCCAGAGACUGGAAAUGCAGAUGGGAGUGUGGGUCACAAACCAGGAUCAAGCAGCUCAGGCCGGUUGGGACUUGGGGCUUCUGCAAAUCCUAAUGAAGUGAGCCAAUAUGAUGAUGUCUAUACUUCAUAUCGCAAGCAGAGGAGUACCAGUUAUCAUUCUUCUUUGAGUGCAAGAGAUGCAGCCAGGUGAUGUGAAGAGCAUGUACUCUUUGUAGAUUUUUAUUUUCCCAUUUUCCUAAUCUGAGAAGUCAAGGUUCUGUAAUGCAAACCUGAAUGUUGCCGGAUGCUCGGUUAACUUCUGUUCUGGAACUUUGCUUCUUGAAAAUGGGACUUCUUACUUCUCAUGUGGAACUCUUAUGGUCGAUGACCAGGUUGUAUUAGUAUUAGCAUUUCCCAAUAGUGAGCCUGAAAUCAAGAGCCUUAGUUCCUCUA